AUGAAUCAUUUUAUAUCAAUCAAAUUAAUAAACUAUCGUGUAACAUCUAUGAAAGUUUUUAUAAAAUACUUAUCAACUAUUCAAUCUAAUUUUGAUUUGGGUAAUGAAAUGAAAUCAUGUAAUGAUAAAAAACAAUUCAAAAAAGCACUUGAAUUAUUUGAUAAACAUAUGAAAAACAAUAUUGAAACGUAUUCAAGUUUAGUCAUUACUCAAGCUUUAAAAGCAUGUACUCAUAUAAAAGAUUUUCAACGUGGUUCAGAUAUUCAUCAUCUUAUUUCAUCUCGUAUUCAACAUGAUUUUCACAUAUUGACCUCAUUAAUUCAUUUUUAUAGUUAUAUAAAAAAUAAUAUACCUAUGAAAGCAAUUGAUCUGUUCAAUAAAAUUGAAAAUCCUGAUAAAGUUAUUAUAAUAUUUGUUUUCAAUGCUUGUGCUGCAUUAGGAACAAGUGAAGCUUUAGAUUUAACAAAAAAAACUUUAGAAAAAAUGUCAAAAUCAUUGUAUUCAAAUUCGUAUAUAUUAUCUUCUGUAUUAGAUGCAUUAAUGAAAUGUGGUGAUGUUAAAUAUGCUGAAUCAGUAUUUAAUUCAUCAACAAAUAAAGAUCUAUCUAUGUAUGGAGCAAUGAUGAAAGGUUAUAUAGAAAAUAAUGAUCCUGAAAAAGCAAUUGAACUUUUUAAACAAGUGAAAAAUCCUAGUGAAGUUGUUUUCAAUCUUUUUUUCAAUGCUUGUGCUACAUUAGGAACAAGUGAAAGUUUAGAUUUAACAAAAAAAACUUUAGAAAAAAUGCCAAAAUCAUUUUAUUCAAAUUCGUAUAUAUUAUCUUCUGUAUUAGAUGCAUUAAUGAAAUGUGGCGAUAUUAAACAUGCUGAAUCAAUAUUUAAUUCAUCAACAAAUAAAGUAUUCUCUAUGUAUGGGGCAAUGAUAAAAGGUUAUACAAAAAAUAAUUGUCCAGAAAAGGCAAUUAAUCUUUUUAAACAAAUUGAAAAUCCAAGUGAAGUAAAUUUAAUUGUUUUUUUUUUAAUGCUUGUGCUCAAUUAA